GUUGUCAAGAUUUAUUGGAGUAUAAAUGUUCACAUUGUGGGUGGCUAAGGAAAAGGAGAACGCUGUCAUUAUUUUCAUGGCCUCAAGCAUAUGUUGUACUGUAUGAUGGAUGUCUUUAUUAUUUUAAGAAUGAGAAGGCACGGGAAUCAGCUGGCAAAUUCUCCUUGUAUGGCUAUAAUGCUGUUUACAGAGCCAGUGAAAUCCCUCAGAAGGAUGCCACAUGGUGCCUUAAAAUUGUUCACUCACAUAAAGAAUUUAAAACCUACUAUUUCUCUGCCUCAUCUGAACAAGAGAUGAAAGUUUGGAUGAGCAAGAUCAAGCUUGAAAUGUUGCAUGCUAACGGAAAAAGUGCCUUGUAUGGGAGAAAUUUACAGCAUGUGAAAGAGGAGAAACCUGAUAAAACACUAGACGAUCCGUCAUUUUAUCAAAAUAUUGAGGAGAACAUUUAUGAUGAUUCUACAAAGUUCAUCCCUGAACAAGAUUAUCAAAAGAAAUGCAGUAUUAAAAGAAUUAAUGAAGACUCGGAUGAUGAAGAAAUAGAGACAAGUUCAGCGAUAAAUGAUCGACCUCCUCAACCACUUCCGAAGGGAAAAGACCCUUAUAUGAUCUCUAGUGACCUUGAACUGCCGAUAAUAGAACAACCACCUAUCCCUCCUUUAUCUAAGCCUCCGACAAAACCAUCUAGAGUUAUAGGUGCUGAUUCUAAACCCCCUAACACACCUCCUAGAGGUCAUAAAGUUCUACCAUCUCCUGUUGAACCCGACAGCAAAAAGAUCACUGACCCAACAACAGAUAUAAGUGGUGCAAGCCAAAUACCGAAGAUCAAAACGGCAUUAAGGGUGGAUGAGUCAAGCCCAAAGAAAACCCCCCUUGUACCUCCACAAAAGUCUCCAAAGCCAGGAAGAAAUCAAAAAAGAAGGUCAAUAAGUGAUGAAAUUGUACACAAUGCAUUGGGGUAUGCAGAAGUUAAACUUACUCCUGGUCAAAAUGGAACUGGGGGCUCAUACGAGAAGACAGACGGACCUGGGAACAAAUCUCCAGUGGUAGGAAGAAGGGGCAUGUUUUCUAUAGUGCCUGAAGGUUCUGGUGGGGGCUCCACUGGUAGUGAUGACCAGCAUUCUGAUAUGGAAGAAGAAUGGGCAGAUAUUUAUUUCAAUGAUGACAAACAGAAAGCUAAUGAGAUAUUACAAAGUAUUGGUGAGAGUGGGGUAUAUCUAGUACGACCAGAAAACAAUGGCUUCGGAAUGGUUUUGGUUGUCUAUGUAACUGAUCAUUGCAGGAAAUAUAGAAUCAUGGAAGAGAAUGGGGAAUAUUUCAUUCAUAGAGAGGACUUUAGAGACAAAUCAGUGGAAUGUCUUAUAAAGCAUUACUAUCAGAACAGCUUACCAACUAUGAGUCUUAUGCUGAAAAUGCCUUAUAAACAUCAUCGUGUAUAUAAAAGUAUGAAUUCGUGAUGAGGAUAAUUCAACAUUAUACAUGUAACGUGUGCUUAAAAACAUGAAAGUCCAGCUGACAUAGAGGAAUUAACAGUAUAUAAUAUAUACUGUGUGUAAAUACAUGAGAAUCCUGAGAUUCAUCCAUCAACAUGACACUCCAUGUGUAUAAAAACAUGAUUUCCUAACAGAUAAUCAACUUUAUACUGCCGUGUAAAAAACAUAAAUAUCUCAUAUUGAUUAAUCAACAUGACACUCCAUAAAUCCUAAUUCUAAUAAUAACACAUAAACAAAUAAAUUAAGAGAAAUUAACUGCGGCCACUCUAAUAGGAUACUUUUAGCCUUUUAGCGUUCUGCUUAGUCAUCUGAUAAGAUCAUAUGUUCAUCACAUUAACCCUAGGUGGUCUAGUGCAGUAGAAUCAACUUUAUACUGUGUGUAAAAACAUAAAUAUCUCAUAUUGAUAAAUCAACAUGACACUCCAUGUGUGUAUAAAAACAUGAAUUCCUGACUUAAGCUUUGUAUGAAAAUAUGAACACCUGAUUGAAAAAUCAACAUUAAAUUAAAAAGUGUAUAUAUAAACAUAAAUUAAAAUCGCCAUUAUGUACAUUAAACUGUAAAUAAUAGCAUAAAUUCCUGACAUGAAUCUACAUUUGAUUGUAAAAAAAAAUGCAAAUUUCUGAAAUGUACAUAAUGAAUAAUCAAUAUAAAACAUCACAAAACAUUUUAACCAUUUUUUCAAACAGGAAACAGUGAUAAUAUUGGAAAUUGUUGGCAGACAUUUUAACACUGCCUUCUGUGUGCAUCUCCUGCAUCUAUCUUAAUUUACAUGUAUAGAGGAGAGUACUUUAAGGAAUUUCUCCUUUAAUUUCAAACUAUCUCUUAGAGAACUUUUCAGUAUUGUUAUCAAGUGCUCUGUUGCUUUUUGUUAGAGUCUGUCAUUUGAUUAUUUUUUUAGCAGUUUUUGUUCACAUGCAUGUAUGUAAUAUAUUAAGUUAUACGCUUCAGUCUUCAAAGUAGCAUUUUCUACAGAUUUUAUCCAUUUGGCGGUCAUUUGCAAAUUUAUAAGAAUUUAUGAUUGGAUAUUAUUUUCUAGCACAAUUAAUUACCCCAUUGAUUUUUAUUCACAUACUGAAGUGUGCUGAACUUUUUUUACACUGU